CUUCAUCUCAACUACAUUACAUAUGGGGUUAAAGUAAGAUUGAAGUCACUUUCUUUGAGAGUUCCAUAUUCGAAGACGUGCUUGGUUAGUGCUUGGUUAUCGACGAUCAAUUCUCGAGGACACUUCGAGAUAUGAUGAAAUAUCUCUUUAUUAGCUUGUUUGCAGUCGUUUACGCACAAACUAGAUGCCCGCAAGGUACAGGCAAAGGUACAGGAUUCUUUCCUGACCCAGAUCAAUGUGAUAUUUACUACGUUUGUGCCAAAGGACAAUUUGAGGAAAGACUAUGUCCUGAUGGUCUAGUUUUCGAUGACCGGGAUCCUAAUUUUGAAAGAUGCGAGGUACCGGCUAAUGUAGAUUGUGGAGACCGUCUAGCAUUACAGGAAGCUAAAUCCAGUCCUGGUUGCCCAAGAGCCAAUGGAUUUUACCGGCAUCCGAAAGACUGUACAAAAUUCCACAACUGUGUGGACGGAAAGCCCAAGGAACUCAAUUGCCCAGCAGGUCUUGUAUACGACGAACGCUCCAGUACCUGCGUAUGGGCAGCCAACAGUAACCGAAAAGAAUGUCUCAACCCCAAAGCAGACGCCCUAGAUGACGGUUUCGAAUGUCCAGCCGAGGCUGCUUCUCUCAGCGAUGCCAAUGGUCGAAAAGUACCUCAUCCCACCUACGCCCAUCCCAGUGAUUGUCAGAAGUUCUACAUUUGCAGAAACGGCGUCGAUCCACAAAGGGGUUCCUGUUCUCCGGGUACCGUCUACAACGAUGAGACUGCUAGGUGUGAGGUUCCAGAAAAUGUACCUGGAUGUGAAAAUUAUUACUCUCUGACAUCCAGCAAUUCCAAGCCAUCUGUACAGACAUCAGGGAUUCCAACAAGGAAAAAUUAAGACUUAUUUAUUUAAGAUUUAGACUUAGUUUUAAAAUUUUUAAUAAUGAAUUAUAAAUAAGUAAAUAAACUUUUAAGUCUUAGUAGUUUUAA